UGUGCCAUGCGAGGCGAGGAGUGUGCAAGAAGACGCGUGCAAAGGACGCGUCGGGGGAGGGGAGUGCAUUUCGUACAGAGUAAAGUAGGGCAUAAAUUGACACCCCGGGACUCUCUCAUGGUUCUUUCCUUUUGACCAUUUCAUUCUGUCUUUCCCACUUCUAUUGUUAUUUCAUUUACUUGGCUUAAUUCUUCUCUCUUCUUUGCACACUUGUUACAGUAUUCUUACCAUCGAUACUCAUCACUUCUAACCAUGGACCUCACUGUCUUAAUCUGGGGCCUUGUACAGCCCGCCCUGGCCCAUAUUCUCCGGGAAGUAAUGCGGAACCGAGAGUCGAUCAAGAUGCUCCUUCAGAAAGAGGACACGAUGGAAAGUGUAAUCCGUGGUCUGAAUGAAAUGCUGGAUCAACUUGAAAGGAGAGUUAGCUCUCCCGGCAUGGGAGAUAGCACAGAGACAGAGCUGUUCAACAACUUGGCGAGGAGCGUUCGGAAGUUACAUGGCAAUAUGCAAGAGAUCAGGGAGGCCUAUCGUGAUAAACGGACUGGAUGGCGGUUUUCUGUACAGUCAAUGAAGGACUAUCGCCGUAAUCGGGUAUACAGAAAGUUGCGGGAUCAGUUUAAGGAUGUUGUGAGAGACAUCUAUUAUAUGGAAACUUGUCAGAGGUUUAUAAUACGUCAGGCCGGCGGCGGCGGCGGAAGCAGCAGCAGCGGCAUACAUGUGGAUACUCCCAUGAUUGUGGACACCAACUCUACUACUGCUGAUACCCCGACGGUGAGGGGUCACGGACGGCAGCUCCGAUCUCUUUCUUCGUCCCAGAUCAACAGACAAGGAGGAGGUCAUAGAUCUAGCAGGGCGUAUGAGGCACAGAAGUCCAGGGUUAUUACCCCCGUUCCUAGUUGGAGAGGCCUCUCUCAGACUCGCAGAGACAUGAACAAGGCUAUCUUUCGCCGGCAGAAGCAAGGCAAGUGUCGUAACUGUGGGUGGUAUGGCCAUCGGGAGUAUAAAUGUUUCAAUCGCUGUGGUAAAUGCAAUCGUACAGGACAUAAAAUCUCCGAAUGUCCGGGAGACGUUGUCUGCUAUUCUUGUGGAGAAGUGGGCCAUAUGCAAGGUGACUGUGAUUGAACAAAGCGUUCUGGGAAUAUAACACCCGAAAGUAUACAAGAUACGGAGUAAUGGAUGUUUAGACUGUGUCGUUUUGCUUGUUCUGCUUGUUGUGGCGUUCCGUUCAGACCAGACUGCCAGUAGAAAGAAUUGAUUUCAGUAUGCUUUGGAAGUGGG